AACUAGUGCGGACCUGUCAUUCCGCCAUUGCUUCCUAAUCGACGUCAACGUUUAGUAGAAGUCAAUGAUAAAUUUUAAUUUAAAUACAAUUUCUAGGUGUGAAGCCAGCUAGUCAAUAAAGACUGAAUAGUGAAAUAAUUCUUUAUGGUUGGAUAUAAGUGCUAGUCUAAAUAAUACAUCGCAAUCGAUAUAUUUUUAAGUUUAUGAAUUUUAUUAAAUAAGCACGAAGGUGGGCAUGAAAUCUAAAAUAUUAGGCUUAGUAAUAUUGGUGAUUUUUUGUUUUGGACGAACAGAAAGUGACGAACACUCCCAUCGGUAUGUAGACAAUGAAGAGGUGGUACUAUGGAUGAAUACAGUUGGACCAUAUCACAACAGACAAGAAACAUACGCAUAUUUUUCUUUACCAUUUUGUCCUGGACCUAAGAAAAGUAUUAGUCACUAUCAUGAAACACUUGGUGAGGCAUUACUAGGAGUAGAAUUGGAAUUUAGUGGACUUGAUAUUCAUUUUAAAGCAAAUAUGGCAAAAAAUCUGUAUUGUGAAGUUGAUUUAAAUGAAGAAAUGUUACAAGCUUUUAUAUAUGCAGUAAAAAAUCAUUAUUGGUAUCAAAUGUAUAUUGAUGAUCUUCCAGUUUGGGGUAUUGUUGGUGAAUUAGAUACUACAGACGAUAGUUAUUAUUUAUGGACACACAAAAAAUUUGAUAUUGGAUAUAAUGGAAACAACAUUGUAGAUGUAAAUCUUACAAGUGAAGCAAAAAUAAAACUGGAAAAGGGGAAAAAGAUUUCUUUCACUUAUGAAAUCAAUUGGAAACCAUCUUCAAUCAAAUUUGAAGAUAGAUUUGACAAAUACUUAGAUCCAAGUUUUUUCCAACACAGAAUACAUUGGUUCUCUAUUUUCAACUCUUUCAUGAUGGUCAUCUUCUUGGUUGGUUUGGUAAGCAUGAUUCUCAUGAGAACAUUAAGAAAGGAUUAUGCACGUUACAGUAAAGAUGAAGAAAUGGAUGAUAUGGAGAGAGAUUUGGGGGAUGAAUAUGGAUGGAAGCAAGUUCAUGGAGAUGUUUUUCGACCACCUGCUCAUCCUGUUUUGUUUUCUGCAUUAAUUGGAUCAGGCCAUCAAAUUGCAGUAGUUACAUUGUGUGUUGUUAUAUUUGCAAUAUUAGGUGAACUGUAUACAGAAACAGCCCUACAUGCUGCAGCAACUAAUGCAAAUGAAACUUGUACAAGAAUUCUUCUACAAGCAGGUGGAAAAAGAUGGAUUAAACAGAUGCUUAUGAGUGCAUUUUUGCUUCCUGCCAUGGUGUGUGGUACUGCCUUUCUUAUCAACUUUAUUGCCAUCUAUUAUCAUGCUUCAAGAGCUAUUCCAUUUGGAACAAUGGUGGCUGUAACUUGCAUUUGCCUGUUUGUUAUUCUUCCCCUGACUUUGGUUGGAACAGUAUUGGGAAGAAAUCUUGCUGGCCAGCCUAACUAUCCUUGUAGAAUUAAUGCUGUGCCUCGCCCCAUUCCUGAAAAGAAAUGGUUUAUGGAACCUGCAGUAAUUAUAGUUCUUGGUGGAAUUUUACCAUUUGGAUCGAUUUUUAUUGAAAUGUAUUUCAUCUUUACCUCAUUUUGGGCUUACAAAAUAUAUUAUGUAUAUGGAUUUAUGUUGUUAGUGUUUAUAAUUUUGGCUGUAGUUACUGUUUGUGUAACAAUUGUCUGCACUUACUUUCUCCUCAAUGCUGAAGAUUAUAGAUGGCAAUGGACAAGCUUCUUGUCAGGAGGAUCAACUGCUGCCUAUGUUUAUGUUUAUUCCUUUUAUUAUUUCUUUUUCAAAACAAAAAUGUAUGGAUUGUUUCAGACAACAUUUUAUUUUGGCUAUAUGGCUCUCUUCAGUAUAGCAUUAGGAAUCUUGUGUGGAAGUUUUGGAUUUGUCGGAACAAACACAUUUGUUAGAAAAAUCUAUUCGACUGUAAAAAUAGACUGAGCAGAAAUAGUUUAAAGAAAUUAUUGAAUUAAAUGUUAUUUACUGGACAGUAUCAAAGAGCCAUCUUUUUUGCCAAUAUUUGUUGAGGCAAGACAAGUAUGAACUGAUUCAAAUAGCUUUUUUUUUCUCUUCGUCUUUUAGGUUCUCUUCUUGAAUUUUGCUUGCUGACUGGGAAUUGGUUUUAUUUUUAAAAUUCAAUAUUAAUAACUGUCUGCCUCAUACAGACUGGGCCACUGGCUCCUUGGAUUCAGGUGGCACAAUAUGGAUUAUACUGUGGAUGUGAUAUAUAUAAUUGAUCCAAAGAUUAUGUUGGAUCUGUGUAGCUGAUUACACUAUUAUUAAGUGCACAGUUACUGUAAAUAAAUAAAUAAAAUAAUAAGUUCAUCUAAUUUCAAUUAUAAAGUGUAAUAAGGGAAAUAUAUAAAACUACAUACGAUUUUAAUAAUUCCAUAGAAAGUUAUCAACCAUAAUCCCAUUUACAAUUUUCCAGAAAAUGUAUCUUUCAUUUAUUCGGAACUUUUCUAAGUCAUUUCAUUGUGAUUUGGUUUUUUACUGCAUUUCAUGUUCUGUGCCUCCCCAAAGUGAAAUGUAUUAGUUGCACUAUUUUCAUUUGGCUGUGCCACAAUAAAAAAUGUGUUAAUAUGUUAUGUAUUAAUUAUAUUUGUAUACACUAAAAAUAUAUGUUAAUUGUAAAUUUCAUACACACACUUUCCAUUUGAUGUUUGCAACUUGGAGCACGUUGCAAAAAUGGCAGAGACAAAUUCAUACGUACCAAAGCUUUCUACUGGUGCCACAAAAACUUAAAAGUGUAAUACUUUUUUCUAUCUGUGACGGCACUCUCUAUAAAGUUAUGAAAGUUUGAAUCAUACAUUCCUAAAAUUGUACAUUUAAGUAUUUUAAAGGUGUUAAUGAAUUUUUGUAUUAUUUUAAGAAAUUGUGGGAUUACAUAAAUAGAAUAGAAAUGUAAAUAGUAAAGAGAGAGAAAAAAAAACAAUCCAUGUGCUACAUUGUCUCUUUUCAUAAUGUGCAUUAUUUAAAAUCAGAAUCUUAGUAAAAUUUAAAAUGUUGAAAGAUA